AUAUUAAUGAAGCAAGCCAUCGAAGGUGCCGUGACAGGUCGGACAGACAGCAGAAUAGAAUUAUCGCUCGGACGCUUACACGGCUUCUCUCCUCUUCCUCUUCCCCUCCCUCUCCUCUAAGCAUCAUCUUCAUCGUCUUCGUCAAACUCUGCUUCUUCCCUCUCUCUCUCUCUGCCCCACCCCCCACCAAACCAGACCAAACUAAACCCUAGAAUUCUCCGUACCAUCUCACAUGAAUUCCAAGCUGCAAGCUCCGCCUAGGGUUUCCUUUCAAUUCGGAGUCCUCAGCAACUUCCGAUGACCGUUCCCUGACCCAGUUUACCUCCCUUUCUGUUCCUCCUCUGCGGUCCUUUUCUUGAGAUAGAUUCCCAUGGAGGGCUCUGUGGAGGAUUUCGGGGCCCCCGAGUCCUGGGAGGUUGCCGAUUUGGAGGAGUCCGUGAGCAGAUUGACGCUCUCCUCCAACAAGGACAAGAACAAAGACUCCAAAGCUCACGAGCAGCUGCUCGAGGACGGGCCCGCUUCAGCUCUCUCCGCUCCGUCCCAUGCUCCCUCAGCUCCUGCUUCCGGUAAUUCACCUGAGGAUGCCAUCGACCAGGUCGAUCAGUUCCUCCGCGAAGCUUUGCAGAACCCUCGCGAGCGGCUCUCAAUCCUGCGAAUGGAGCAAGACAUGGAGAAAUUCAUCCGUGAUCCCACUCAACAGCAGUUCGAGUUUCAGCAGCUGCCCACUUCUUAUCUGAGAUUGGCUGCGCACCGCGUUGCCCAGCAUUAUUCACUCCAGUCCAUGGUUCUACUGGACAGCAACUCCCUCGAUGGCUCUGGCUCUCGGAUUAUUGUCCGGAAGACGUCCGAGUGUAGGCUUCCUGCAAUUCGCUUAGCAGACAUCCCUGUUAAUCUACCAUCGGAAGAAAAAAGCGCGGUCAAAGUCUUCAUUAAGCAGAGACCUCAAAAACAGUCACUACAUGCUGGUGGCGGGAAUUCGAAAUCUUUGAAGUCAAGCGGUGCCAAAAGUGUUGAGGAAAGAAAGGAGGAGUAUAAUCGUGCUCGGGCACGAAUAUUUAACUCGAAUAAUCCCAGUGGUGGAGCCGGCGGAAGGCCUGAAACUGAACCUAGGAUGCAGGAUGGCUCCCAAGAUGGUUCCUUUGGGUUAUCUAAGAUGGAAGAGAAACCCAUCUCUGGAGUUACUGAUGCAAAUUCAAGAAGAGGCAUAAUUGACUCAGCUCCAGGGAGCAGUAGAUCAGGUAGAGGUAGGGUAGAGAAAGAACCAAUUAGCAGGAGUAGAGCAAACAGUAGAAUUGCUAUCUUCCGGGAUCGCGAGGUAGAACGCAAUGACCCUGAUUAUGACAGGAGCUAUGACAGGUAUACUCGAAGAUUUGAUCCCGGAUUUGGAUUCAAUGGAGGACCAUAUGCCAUUCAACCUAGUUUUACCCCGUCAAUGAACUACAACACAGAAUUUCCACAGCUUCGAUCUCCUCAUAGGCCUCAGCUUUCUGCUGAGCACCAACCUCUGCCACUUCAUCAACAUCUUUCCGGGUUAUGGGCUGCUCCUUCGGGCACUGCGGGAAUUGGAUAUGGUCAUCCUGAGACUUUGAUGACACCUUAUAGUCCGGCUCCUGCUGGUGCGCACUCGGCAUCUGGUGUUCAUCUGCAAUCAUCUCAAUAUUCUGGUCAGCGGCCGGGGAUGGCUUACAGUUAUCCGCAUGAUAAUGUCCAUUCGAUCUUUUCGCAGCAACCUGACACGAGUUCUGAGUUAGCCCGGCCCUGGUGAGGGGCUUGGGCCAUGCCUGCACUCCGCCAGCGGAAAACUUGAGCCUGAACUGUGGCGGGCUCUUAGAGUUUGCUUGUUUUAAUAGCUGGCAGCGGGAGUGCAGGCAUAUCAACCGAGGUGCGGAUUAGAGCGGAAGUUGGAUGCAUUUACACUGUUGCCGUCAAGACGUAUCUCCGCUCUACUAGCCUCGGUGUUUUAUGGAGCUUCCUACGUUCUCAAGGAUGGGAAGCUCAUUAGUUCUGGCAGUUUUACCAGUUCGAUUUGGAGCUUGCUGAGAGCCCUUUGUCACCGAUGAUGGUGAUGAAAGAUUUUGCUGAUGACGAUGAACAGUACUAGGAGAAAUUAAGAACUGAUAUACGCUUUAAUUGGUGAGAAGAAGUGCUGUGGGGCAAAGCCAAAGCUGGCAGCUCUGGAGGAAACUUUUGGUGAAAACGAUAGUGGAAAUUGUUCGAGCCGUUGAUUCAGCUUUUGGUGCAUAUACACGCGGUGGCCAUGGCCUUCUUAUCAUGAAUCACUGAUAUUUGCUAAUGCUCUGCUCUACGGCAGAUUGCUUGCUUCCAUGGAAUGUUGCUUGCUGAGGAACUGCUGUAUUAAGCAGUCUUUGUUGUUAAUACAACUUUAGGAAAGAUGACUUAUGGCCCGUUAUGAUGACCACUGGCAAUGGUAAACCUAUGCUUUGUCAUUCACAGGUUCAUGGUGGAGUAGUUUACAGAAAGUGUUCUAAAGCCGGCCUAUAAGUGAUGAAAGAAAACGAUCUUGUGUUUCAUCAACGCUAUCUUUUCGCUGAUAUUAGAUAGAAGUACAGAUGAACGAGACAACAAAUCUUGUU